UCGUGUUUGCGUCUCCGAGGCUUGUACGGUGUGGUUAGCUAAAACGUUAGCGUCAGCGACAGUAGCUAACAAACGCUGUAAAAGUGCGGCUGUUGUGUUUGUACUUGCAUGCCGGUGUGACUCUGUGUUAACGCUACCCUCGAGUUUAUUUAUAACCCCUUAUUGACAGACGCUGCAAGUGGACGGGUUAAUGCUAGAGUCGACACACAAACAUUCCAGCAAAUCUGUGCAAAAGCAUAGAUAUAUUUUUUUGUAUAGGUAAAUAAACAACAUGUUAGCUUUCAGAACCAGCACUGACCACUUUCAGUUUCACGUGCAUCUUUAAGGCUGCAGCAAUGGGCCCAGACACCACACCUGUCCCUAAAACAGAGUCUGCAGAGGAAAGUCCAGAAAUAGUGGUGGUGAAAAUAAUCUCAGAAUCAGAUUCCAGUGAUGCUUCAGUGACCGAGCCAGAGAACGCCAAACAGCCACAGAGCAACACAUCAGACAAGUGUUACCCUUGCACUGUCUGUGGCAAGGUAUUUGACAGACCGUCAAAGCUUGAGAGGCAUAAACCUGUACACACGAGGAAGCCCAAGACUCUUCAUAACUGUGAGCAUUGUAAUAAGAGCUUUACACAACAAGAGAAGCUGAUCCGACACCAGAAUUGCCACAGUAGGACUAACAAGCACCCCUGUCCUGACUGUGGAAAAGUGUUCAAUAGACCCUCAAAAUUAGAGAGGCAUAAACGCACACACACAAAACAACCCAAGGUACCUCAUCAGUGUUCAUACUGCAUGAAGACGUUCAGCAAACUUAACAAACUCAUUCGUCACAAGCGUAUGCACACUGGAGAGAAGCCUUUCACCUGUUCGGUCUGCGGUAAGGGAUUCUCCGAGUCAGGUCACUGCAAAGCACACGAAAAGACACACGAGGAGCAGCCAGAAAAACCUCACAGUUGUGCGGAUUGCGGGAUGUGUUUCUUCAAGGCCUCGGAGCUCCGUAGGCACUUCCGCUCCCACACAGGAGAGAAGCCUUUCAAAUGUACCUUAUGUGAGAGCUGCUUCUCUCGCUCUGAGGGACUGAAAAGGCACAUGAGGAGCCACACAGGGGAAAGACCAUACAAAUGCAUUAUCUGUGGCAAGCAGUUUUAUUCUCGCCAGGAUUUGAAUAUUCAUGGAUUGACCCACACAGGGGAGAAGCCACAUCUUUGCCCUGUGUGUGGUAAAGGCUUUUCACAGCUGGGCAACAUGAAAGAGCAUGAACAAAAUGUUCAUAUUAAGUCAGAAAAAUAUAUUUGUAAUGAAUGUGGAGCAACUUUUACGCGAUACAAGUCACUGACAAAGCAUCGGCGGACACAUACUGGAGAGAGACCCUAUUUGUGCCUCACCUGCGGCCGCAGGUUUUCAUGGAGCCAUUCUCUCAGCAGACACCGGAGGUCACACGCACACAGACAGAUGGCUGGGGACACAUCCAAAGAAAUACUAAGUUUUGAAGGACCUUCAGAGAAUCCCGACAGUGUAACAUAAAAGUCGAGUACUUUUUAAAAGCACAUUUCCUCUUCAUUUAGUUUUGGUGAAAAGAAAGAGAGAGAAGCUCAUUUCUGUUCUAAUGACAAGUUAUUUAAAGUUGUUGUGAUGAUUCACCUUUCUGCUUGCAUUGCUGACUGUCCACUAAAAUUCUUUUUAAAAAUCUCAGUUAGGACAGGGCACCAGGUCAGUGCUAGAAGAUGUGUUUGCUGAAGUCUGUAUUAAUUGGAGUACAGCAGCAGUUAAAAUUUUGGAUGUGCCUAGAAUAUCUACUGUUUGAUCUCACAGCUCAGUGUUGGUCUGCUCUGUUCACAGUUCACUUGUAUGACAUGUGGUGUGGCUAGCAUUUAAGAAUAUUUUAUAGUUCUUUACCAAAGGACAAGAUAAUAGAAUUGCCCUGCCAAAUGGCUGGAAAGUUUCUCUGGACCUACAGUUAUAUCAGUACAACAUUUUGUAUGGUGCAGUGCAAACCAGGAUGUAGCUAAGUAUUGCUUCUUUCUGCAGUUUAUAAAACAAAGUGUACUUUCUUUUAAAAAUAUUUGUUACCUAAUUUGCCAUCAUAGUAAGUGUCAAAUAUGCAGAUUUUGCAUUUACAGUCAAUUACAGAAUUUUUUUCAGUAGUUAAAUCUUUACAAUAUGGUUAUGCUCUUCUAAAUUAGAGUAAAAAAGAAAAAUGAAACUGCAGUAAUGUCCUUUGGGCAGGACCUGCAGUGAUGUCACAGUGGCCAGAGGUACUCCACUCUUGAGUGCAGUAGCAUUUUUAAGCUUGUACAAGUUGUGAAAAAAAUUAAAUGAACAAAGAACAUUGUACUUUUUAAGUUUUUAUAUCAGUAUAAUUUUAUAUUAGAUGUACAACAUAUAUAUAAUGUAGUUGUGUAAUCCAAUGAUUUUUAUCUUAUUCAUGCAUGAUAGCUUACAUUCAAU